AUGAGGGUGAACAUCCGGUACCAGGUAGAGCGGGUGAAGCCGGGCAGGAAGGCGAUGGAAGACGGCGUGAUGGCUACGAUCAAGGCGAUCGAGGCACGGAUGAGCCCGGCACAACGGGGCGUGAUCUACUGCCGGUCGAUUAAGCAGUGCGAGGAGAUGGCGGCAUUAGUUGGCUGCAAGGCACAUCACAGCAAGCUAACGAGGGACUCACGAGCUAGCGUACUGCAGGACUGGAUCGACGGGCGAGGGGGUCAGCGGUGGAUCGCAGCAACGACGGGAUUGGGGACGGGAGUCGAUAUCAGGGGCAUCAUCGGGGUGAUUCACGUGGGCCCGCCGUUUGGGCUGGUCGACUUCGUUCAGCAGACCGGGCGAGGGGGCCGACAGAGAGGCGAGGUGGUGGAGUCGGUGAUUGUGACGGACGGCAAGGCCGGGUGGGGGGAUGAGUUCGGCAGCGACAUUGAUCACAUCAACCGGGAAGGGGUAGGGUUAUUCAUAGAAGGUAAGGGCUGCCGACGAUUGGUGCUGGGCCGGUUCUUCGACGGGGCCGAGGCCGAGGUCAGCGGCUGUAGGGAGAUGCAAGCGGAAUACUGUGACCGAUGCUUAAAGAAGGGUGUGAAUAGGGUAGGUGAUAGGGAGGAUAUCAGAGAGGAUAAUGAAGAGGACGAAGAGGAGGAAGAAGAAGAAGAAGAAGAAGAAGGGGAGGACGAAGAGGAGGAUAAUGAUGAUGAGGCAGAGAGGGUUCCGGCAGUGACAAUAGUCAACAGACUGAAAGAGAAUAUACAGGAGGAGAGCCGGCGGAUGAUAAAGCUAUAUGGUUGGCUAGAUCAGGCAAGUUUACGGUUUGCAGACUACGAGUGCUGCUGGGAGUGCGGUCUGCCGUAUAGCUGGUGCAGCGUAGGGCAGGGGCAGGGGGGCAAGUGUAGUUAUCGCAACACGAUACUACCGGUGGUAAUGAUGGUGAAAGUGAGCGAGACGCUGCGGGGGCUUGUGCAGGAGAGGUUUGGAGUGGACUGCAGGAAUGAGAAGGAAUAUCACAAGUGGAUCAAGCGGACUCGGCGGGUAUAUGGGAUGUCGAUGACAAAUGGGCUUGCAGUGUGGGAUGAGAUUAUACAGUAUAUUUCGAAAUAA